GGAUUCCCCCCCUUCCCUUUCCAGUGUGGCUCCCAGUGGGGGCCCGGAAUCGUGGGGCGAUCUGCCGAUGCCGCCCCCGGCUGGCUUCGAGCCUGCCUCACUGCUCUCCACCAGCAACACCCCGGAUCUCUACAAUGCGGCUAGUAUGGUCUUUGGCGAUCUGGCUGGUUCGGGUUUCUCCAGCUACGGAUUGGCGCCGGAAUCCGCGGCAGCUGUCCCCAUAACAGACAUCUUCACGAUGCAUGAAGGCUGGAGUGUGGCUGAUGGACCCUGGUUGAUUCAUGGCGAUUUUAAUGUGUGAAGAAGAGAAGAAGAGAAGGAGGAGAACAACGUGCGGAGGGGGAAAAAAGAGGAGAUUCGGA